AUGACGCAAUUAGCCAACGCCGUGAGACGAGCCGCCAGAAUUGGUGGCCGUAGUUUGGUCGCAGUCACAGGCGCCUCCUCGGUUGGGACGCUCUACGUUUACAAGACGGACGAAUCCUGGAAGCGCCUUAUUGACUUUCAUAUUUUAGUGACGCCCAUGUGCUGGGAUUACUACCAAUUCUACCAGAGCAAGAGUAUCAGUAGCGCCGAUGAUGAGGAGGAGCUGCUGCGUCGUUUGCACGAAAAACAUGCCCCGCUGGCAUUGCAACAUGUGUUGUCGUUGGGAGGCUACUAUGUCAAGUGUGCCCAAAUGUUCUGUGGAAUGAACCUCUUGCCUGCGGCAUACGAAAAAGAGUUUUCGUGCUUGUUGGACUCUGUUCCAGCCAAACACUCCUUUGCUACCAUCCAGUCCGUUGUCGAAAACGAAUUGGGUGGCAAGCUCCAGGAUCACUUUGCCGAGUUUGACGAAACGCCCAUUGCUGCCGCCAGCAUUGGACAGGUUCAUUGUGCCAAGGUCCGAGUUCAAGACAAAAGUAGCGGAGAGGAAGUACUCAAAUCCGUCGUGGUCAAGGUGCAAUAUCCGGAGGUAGAGAAAUACUUCAAGAUGGAUGUCCUUGGCAUGAAGAACCUGUGCUAUUUAUGUACCCUUUGUGGCAUUGAAAUUGGAAUCGAUCAGCAAAGUUUGGACAAAAUCUUCAACGAAUUCACCAGCUCCUUCCAAGAAGAGUUUGACUACCGAUUGGAAGCCCAAAACAUGAAACUCAUUGCCGACAAUAUGGAGGCCGUGCCCGAAUUUGCAAACUCUGUCAAAGUCCCACACCCGUUUCUAGAUACCACCAGCCGCAAAGUUUUAACCAUGGAAAAGAUACAAGGCGAGCCUAUAAAGAAACGAAUGAACCGCAUUCUUCAAGAGUGGGCCGAACGAUCCGGCAAAACAAUGGAAGAAUUGCAACAGGAGCUGCAAGACAAAUUCCAAGAUCCCGUAGAGCUCCAGAAAAUGAUGGAACAGAAACCGCCGUCAAAAGCUCAACUAUUUCUCUACCGGGUGAUGCUACGGACUUGGGAUUUGGGGGCCAACACUGGAAUCUGGCUGGAAAACCAAUUACGUUCCAGUACGCAGCAGCAGAAAGCAUACAAAUGGAGUACGCUCCCGGUAGACGCCUCUCGUAUCUGCCGCCUCCUAUUCCAAGUCCACGCCCACCAGUUGUUUAUCAAUGGAGCCUUCAACGCGGAUCCGCACGCCGGAAACAUUCUGAUCUGCGAAGACACCAACAACACUAACAACGGCGCUCCCAUUCUAGGCCUGAUCGACUUUGGGAAUGUUCAACGGAUUCCCAACCAAGAUCGGCGCAAAGCGUUGGCAAAGUUUUACCUAUCCAUGGCUACAGAUUUUAGCAACGACAAGAGCUCCUGGAACGAUGACGAAAUCGCUCGUCGAUUUGCGGCUGUGGGAGGCGAGUCGGUCCACAUGGACACUGCCUUUCUGGCAUGCAAUGCGCUCACCAUGUACGACAUGCGUUUUGACGCGGCCACGUUGGCCCGACUGUCGCUCCGUCAUUGA